GGAAGGCGGCGGGGGGUGGGGCCUGCGCGCUGGGGCGGCCGCGGGGCCCGGAGACCCUGGCGGGGCGGGGCGGCGGCCGCAGGAGCGCGGGCCUGGGUCUCCGCUGGGCGGGGGCCGCGUCUCCGCAGGUGAAGAGCUGGGGCGCCCAGGGCGCGGUGCGCGAGGCCUGCGGGCUGCGAGCCGGCCCCACGUCGCUGGGGUAUUCAUUUGCCACAUGAAGACACUGAGGCACGGGGAGGCUGACGUCACGCCAGAAGUAAGCGACAGCGGCCCAGUUGGGGUUAGAAUCUGGGCACCUGGACUCAGGGCCCUGGCACCCAGCGGUGCGCCCUGCAGUGACCCAGCUAAAUGCUACCUGGCUUCGUCUGUGACAAGGAACCUCUCACACGGCUGGGUGCCGGUUCUGGCUACGGCAGAGCUCCUGUGCUUUACAUGAGGACUCAUCCUUGAAACUCUAGCAAGAGUAACAUUUGUGUGCAGAUGCUCUGACGCUCCUUAAAACUCUCCCUUUGAAAUGCUUCCUUUGAGGCUCGCCAAGAUGCCCAUCGUGGUGGAAGACAUCAUGAAGCUGUUGUGCUCCAUCUCUGGGGAGAGGAAAAUGAAGGCGGCCGUCAAGCACUCUGGGAAGGGCGCCCUGGUCACAGGGGCUGUGGCCUUCAUGGGUGGUCUGGUCGGAGGCCCACCCGGACUAGCUGUUGGGGGUGCUGUCGGGGGUCUACUAGGUGCGUGGAUGACAAGCGGACAAUUUAAGCCGAUUCCUCAGAUCAUAAUGGAGCUGCCGCCUGCUGAGCAGCAAAAGCUCUUUAAUGAAGCCACCGCCAUCCUCAGGCACCUGGACUGGAUGGACGCCGUGCAGCUGACCACGCUGGUCAUGGGCAGUGAGGCCCUGAAGCAGCAGCUGCUGGCCAUGCUGGUGAACUACGUCACCAAGGAGCUCCGGGCCGAAGUUCAGUAUGAUGACUAGGUCGCUCCUCCUGGGAAGUGCGGGUCUCAUUUAGAUGAUUCUCGGGACUCACAGGAGGGGACAGGGGAGUUGGGGAAGCCCCACAUCAUCAGUGUGUUACCUUAAAUGGAGUGAAAUCUGCUGGAGCGGCUACUACUAUGCUGUAUCAUGUUCUGGAAAUUAUUUAUGAAGAUGUUGUGUUUUGUGACAACCCUCUCGCUGGGAGGCUGGUAGGAAGCGAAGCCCUGCCUGCUCCAGACAUGGGUGAAUCCACUGUCACUCAUAUGGGAGCGUAGCAGGAGGCCCUCGUGUUCCAUCUCCUCACCUGUGAAGAUGAGCCCUGUCCGAAGCACCCGUUACAGGACUGGUUCCUUCCCCGGGGCCCAGGGUCUCAGGACCUGAGAGCUGGCCCGUGCUGGAAUUCACGUUUUCCCUCAUGUGCCCCUUCCCUGACCAGUGACUCUGAGUGGCCCCACACAGGGUCAGUCGCCUGUUGAGUGAAGCCACAAACAUCCAGGCCCCCAGCCCUUCUCUGUGCAGCACACCUGGGCUCUCACCCUCCCAGGGGCUUCUCUCCCCAUCGGACAAGUCGUGGUAGUUCUUGAGUUUUGCUUUUUAAAAUUAAAUACUUCCAGCCAAGAGUAUUGCUUUUUCUGACGUGGUAGGAUCUAAGCAAUGUGUCCACCCUGAAUUUCCCCUAAUACCGUAUUCACUUUGCUUUCAGAACCGUUACUUGACUAGGUGUCAUCAAAUUGCAAUAAAUGUUUUCUGAACAGGG